GUGUGUGUUGUCUGGAAGGCAAGGAGAACAACGCAGACUCGGCGGUGUCAAUCAGCUUGUGUUGCUAGCUAUUACAAGUUGUAAUAAGCAAGCUAAACUUUACCACCCAAUAUAUUUACUGUUUUUACACGGUGAGUGAACAGAGCAAAUAUGUUAGCAUUGAGUUUAUUGCUAUUUGUUAGCAUCAACACGGGCAAAAGUUACGUUUAAUAGCUAUCUAACGUUAGCUAGCUAGACAUGUUUUGUUCGCACUCCAUUGAAUGGAAAGUAGCGAGCUUCUGCCGGUUUAGUACUUAGUUUGCUGACUGUCCUACUGGUAACAUUCAGCUAGCUAGUAAAUACUUGGGUAAAAAUGCGUUUAUAGACAACUUUAUAGCUAGUUCAUAUCUGAUGAAAUUGCAAUGGCUAGCUUAUGUUUUUCCCUGUAGCAGAACAGCGAUGGACUGUGGGGAUGUUCAGUGCACUCCCCUGGUCUUUCUGACUUUCCUUCAGCAGCAGAUCUGCAACAAUGCGGAGUUCCGGAGAGAGUUGGACUCAUUGGGCCGGGAGCUGAAGCUUUCCCAGGACAUAAACGGCAAUGGUCUGGGUAUUGACAUCCACGAGGAGGGCGAGCUUCAGACAGAUGGACACUUCUGCAGCAGCAGCAGGAUCUUACUGGAGGGGCUUGAGCCUCAGGUUGCGCUGGCAUGGCCCGGUGGGUUGGUUGGUUUACUUCGUUUUUCUUUUACUGUAUGAUUGAAAUUUCAUCAGUCACAUUCGCUUAGGUUUUGACAAGUCGAAACCUUGGGACUAUAAGGUUCUAUCUGACAUUUUUGUCAAAAAUGAGUUAGUCACAUAUAUUUGAUCUGUGAAGUACUAUUAGAAUUUUAGCAACCAGGAAAUGGCGGAGUGAUUUCUGCAUAGUGCAUCUUUAAGUCAAAAAAAUGAAAAACUAGAAAGUUCUAUCUGUAUAAACCAAUUUGAACUUGGUCCUAUCUGCAAUCCAAUCACAAGCCUGAACAAAUACAGACGGAACAAUCAGAACACGUCUUUGCCAUCUCACUCUAUGUAUGGUCUACGGCAGGCUAGUCAAGCCAGCAAUAAUGGCAUUCAAGCAAAAACAACACUGUCAGAAAGCUUAAAGUAAAUUGUUGUCACAUCGUUGUUCAGUGACAGUAAUUCAGCUGAUGAUCAUAAUACAUUUCUUAAUGUAUUUGAUAGUGUUCUGACUAUCUUGGUAAAAUAGUGUUAUUCUAUCAUUAAUGUAUUCAAAUAGCUACAGUUUUCUUAACUUUACAUUUCUAAUUAAGAAGUUGCAGAUAGAACCUUAUCUAUAAUUGAUUUGCAGUAAAAUGGGCAGAAAUAGAUUUUUUUAUUUUUAAUACGAUUUCUCUAGCAAGGAUUUAGCUAGGACUGUCUGUGAGUGGUCUGAGUGGGGAGGGGGAAACUAGCUGUUAAUGGCAGAGAGCUUUGGAACUCUCUUUGUUAUUGGUCUAUUAACCAAUUUACCACAUGGAGAUGUCACCAUGGAAAGCCGAAACCCCCGCCCAUGCAAACCUGCUGAUUAGAAGGUCCUGUGUAGAUUGUAUUUUCAACCAGCAAUUAAUUAUCAGGAAAUAACACAGAUUUUAAAAAAACACUAUUUUAUAGUGUUAGUUUCAUCAGCUGUUGUACAAUAUGAUACAGUGGCGCAGUGGUCUAAGGCACUGCAUCGCAGUGCUAGCUGUGCCACUAGAGAUCCUGGUUCGUAUCCAGGCUCUGUCGUAGCCGGCCGCGACCGGGAGACCCAUGGGGCGGCGCACAAUUGGCCCAGCGUUGUCCAGGGUAGGAGAGGGAAUGGCCGGCAGGGAUGUAGCUCAGUUGGUAGAGCAUGGCGUUUGCAACGGCAGGGUUUUGGGUUCGAUUCCCACGGGGGGCCAGUAUAAAAAAUAAUGUAUGCACUCACUAACUGUAAGUCGCUCUGGAUAAGAGCGUCUGCUAAAUGACUAAAAUGUAAAUGUAAUACAAAAAACAGGAAAAAAUGAUUUUGGACUGCACAGGGCCUUUAAAAAAUGGAAGUGUUAAUGAAUUGACCUACAAAAAAGCAGAGAACCAUUCACACAGAUCCGAUACCUGUAUUUUGGUUACAGGGUCUGUGAAAAUACAGGAAUCAUGACUAGGUCUUUAUGUGGGUUUUAAUUUACCAUGGGGCAAUUCCACUGUAAAAUAAUGAUUCUGAGACUAUGCCAAAAAAAAACAAUGAUUACAAAGUUAAACAAACCAUACAACUCUAUGCACAAGGAUGACUUGUAUGGUUUGUUUAACUUUGCAGUCAUUGGUUUUUGUUUGGCAUACAUUUUAAAGUGAAAAAUCUGAGUUCCAGCAUUCUGUUACUGUGGAAUUGCCCCAUGAUUUUUACCCCCUACCCCUUUCAGAUAUACACUACCAGUCAAAAGUUUGGACACACCUACUCAUUCAAGGGUUUUUCUUUAUUUUUACAAUUUUUUACAUUGUAGAAUAAUAGUGAAGACAUCAAAACUAUGAAAUAACACAUAUGGAAUCAUGUAGUAACCAAAAAAGUGUUAAAUCAAAUAUAUAUUUUAUAUUUGAGAUUCUUCAAAUAGCCACCCUUUGCCUUGAUGACAGCUUUGCACACUCUUGGCAUUCUCUCAACCAGCUUCAUGAGGUAGUCACCUGGAAUGCAUUUCAAUUAACAGGUGUGCCUCCUUAACAGUUAAUUUGUGGAAUUUAUUUCCUUCUUAAUGCGUUUGAGCCAAUCAGUUGUGCUGUGACAAGUUAGGGGGGGUAUACAGAAGAUAGCCCUAUUUGGUAAAAGACCAAGUCCAUAUUAUGGCAAGAACAGCUCAAAUAAGCGAAGAGAAACGACAAUCCAUCAUUACUUUAAGACAUGAAGGUCAGUCAAUACGAAACAUUUCAAGAACUUUGAAAGUUUCUUCAAUUGCAGUCGCAGAAACCAUCAAGCGCUAUGAUGAAACUGGCUCUCAUGAGAACCGCCACAGGAAUGGAAGACCCAGAGUUACCUCUGUUGCAGAGGAUAAGUUCAUUAGAGUUACCAGCCUCAGAAAUUGCAGCCCAAAUAAAUGCUUCACAGAGUUCAAGUAACAGACACAUCUCAACAUCAACUGUUCAGAGGGGACUGUGUGAAUCAGGCCUUCAUGGUCGAAUUGCUGCAAAGAAACUACUACUACAUUUUUACAUUUUACAUUUUAGUCAUUUAGCAGACGCUCUUAUCCAGAGCGACUUACAGGAUCAAUUAGGGUUAAGUGCCUUGCUCAAGGGCACAUCGACAGAUUUUUCACCUAGUCGGCUCGGGGAUUAGAACCAGCAACCUUUCGGUUACUGGCACAACGCUAAAGGACACCAAUAAGAAGAAGAGACCUGCUUGGGCCAAGAAACACGAGAAAUGGACAUUAGACCGGUGUCUUUGUGAGACGCGGUGUGGGUGAACGGAUGAUCUCCGCAUGUGUAGUUCCCACCAUAAAGCAUGGAGGAGGAGGUGUUAUGGUGUGGGGGUGCUUUGCUGGUGACACUUUCUGUGAUUUAUUUAGAAUUCAAGGCACACUUAACCAGCAUGGCUACAACAGCCUUCUGCAGCGAUACGCCAUCCCAUCUGGUUUGGUGGGACUAUCAUUUGUUUUUCAACAGGACAAUGACCCAACACACCUCCAGGCUGUGUAAGGGCUAUUUUACCAAAAAGGAGAGUGAUGGAGUGCUGCAUCAGAUGACCUGGACUCCACAAUCCCCCGACUUCAACCAAAUUGAGAUGGUUUGGGAUGAGUCGGACGGCAGAGUGAAGGAAAAGCAGACAACAAGUGCUCAGCAUAUGUGGGAACUCCUUCAAGACUGUUGGAAAAGCAUUCCAGGUGAAGCUGGUUGAGAGAAUGUAAAGCGUGUGCAAAGCUGUCAUCAAGGCAAAGGGUGGCUAUUUGAAGAAUCUCAAAUAUAAAAUAUAUUUGAUUUUUAAACACUUUGUUACUAUGAUUCCAUAUGUGUUAUUUCAUAGUUUUGAUGUCUUCACUAUUAUUCUACAAUGUAAUUAUUUUUUUGAAAUUAAGAAAAACCCUUGAAUGAGUAGGUGUGUCCAAACCUUUGACUGGUACUGUAUAAAAAAGCUGGCAUGGUAAAAUAGUGGGAUUUUUGUCUGUAUAUGAAAUGGAUAUUAGAAAAGGGGCAGUAUAUGUACUGCUGAACAUCUCAGCUUUACUGUACUAUGUGACAGGGAUCUGGCACACCUGCAUUGAACCGUUGUUGUGAAAGUGAUUGAAAAUUAUACUGUGUUGUAUAUCAAAAUGUGGAUACUUUAUAACUGUUCAUAUUCAAUAUGAUUUUGACUAACAUGUUCUUUGCCCUCCAGAUAACCCUGCCGAAGAAGAAGCCCUGAGAGGUGUCGCUGCAGGGCUGAUUGAAAUAGCUGAUCAGCUUGAGCGUAAUGUGGUGGCCCAGGCUGCUGAGAAUCUGACCAAGAAACUGCAGAAGUAUUCCAUUGGGGUAGGUUUCUGGAAUCCUGGUUACUUGGAUUGCUCAGAACUAUACUGAACAAAUAUAUAAGUGCAACAUGUAAAGUGUUGGUCCAAUGAUUCAUGAGCUGAAGAUAAAAGAUCCCAGAAUUUGUCCAUAUGCACAAAAAGCUUAUUUCUCUCACAUUUUGUGCACAAAUUUGUUUACAUCCCUGUUAGUGAGCAUUUCUCCUUUGCCAAGAUAAUCCAUCCACCUGACAGGUGUGGCCUAUCAAGAAGCUGGCAAAUCCCCCUGGAUAGAUUAUUAAUUGAAAAAUGGUAUGGUUGAGAGGGAUGAGGCAAAGGGAAUAGCAAGUAAGUCUGACAAAACAGCAGACUGGAAAACAUACAGUGAAUUGAGAAAUCACGUAACUAAACAAAAAUAAGAAACUAUACUGUGGAACAAAGAAAAAUUAUAUAAAGAAUGAUAGUAAGAAGCUCUGGAGUACUUUAAAUGAAAUUCUAGGCAAGAAAGCAAACUCGACUCCAUCCUUCAUUGAGGCAGAUGGCUUGUUCAUAACAAAACCCUUUGAUAUUGCCAACCACUUUAAUAACUUUUUUGUUGACAAGAUUAGCAUACUUAGGUACAGUGAGGGAAAAAAGUAUUUGAUCCCCUGCUGAUUUUGUACGUUUGCCCACUGACAAAGACAUGAUCAGUCUAUAAUUUUAAUGGUAGGUUUAUUUGAACAGUGAGAGACAGAAUAACAACAAAAAAAUCCAGGAAAACGCAUGUCAAAAAUGUUAUAUUUUUGAUUUGCAUUUUAAUGAGGGAAAUAAGUAUUUGACCCCUCUGCAAAACAUGACUCAGUACUUGGUGGCAAAACCCUUGUUGGCAAUCACAGAGGUCAGACGUUUCUUGUAGUUGGCCACUAGGGUUGCACACAUGUCAGGAGGUAUUUUGUCCCACUCCUCUUUGCAGAUCUUCUCCAAGUCAUUAAGGUUUCGAGGCUGACGUUUGGCAACUCAAACCUUCAGCUCCCUCCACACAUUUUCUAUGGGAUUAAGGUCUGGAUACUGGCUAGGCCACUCCAGGACCUUAAUGUGCCUCUUCUUGAGCCACUCCUUUGUUGCCUUGGCCGUGUGUUUUGGGUCAUUGUCAUGCUGGAAUACCCAUCCACGACCCAUUUUCAAUGCCCUGGCUGAGGGAAGGAGGUUCUCACCCAAGAUUUGACGGUAUAUGGCCCCGUCCAUCGACCCUUUGAUGCGGUGAAGUUGUCCUGUCCCCUUAGCAGAAAAACACCCCCAAAGCAUAAUGUUUCCACCUCCAUGUUUGACGGUGGGGAUGGUGUUCUUGGGGUCAUAGGCAGCAUUCCUCCUCCUCCAAAUACGGCGAGUUGAGUUAAUGCCAAAGAGCUCCAUUUUGGUCUCAUCUGACCACAACACUUUCACCCAGUUCUCCUCUGAAUCAUUCAGAUGUUCAUUGGCUAACUUCAGACGGGCAUGUAUAUGUGCUUUCUUGAGCAGGGGGACCUUGCGGGCGCUGCAGGAUUUCAGUCCUUCAUGGCGUAGUGUGUUACCAAUUGUUUUCUUGGUGACUAUGGUCCCAGCUGCCUUGAGAUCAUUGACAAGAUCCUCCCGUGUAGUUCUGGGCUGAUUCCUCACCAUUCUCAUGAUCAUUGCAACUCCACGAGGUGAGAUCUUGCAUGGAGCCCCAGGCCGAGGGAGAUUGACAGUUCUUUUGUGUUUCUUCCAUUUGCGAAUAAUCGCACCAACUGUUGUCACCUUCUCACCAAGCUGCUUGGCGAUGGUCUUGUUGCCCAUUCCAGCCUUGUGUAGGUCUACAAUCUUGUCUCUGACAUCCUUGGAGAGCUCUUUGGUCUUGGCCAUGGUGGAGAGUUUGGAAUCUGAUUGAUUGAUUGCUUCUGUGGACAGGUGUCUUUUAUACAGGUAACAAGCUGAGAUUAGGAGAACUCCCUUUAAGAGUGUGCUCCUAAUCUCAGCUCGUUACCUGUAUAAAAGACACCUGGGAGCCAGAAAUCUUUCUGAUUGAGAGGGGGUCAAAUAAUUAUUUCCCUCAUUAAAAUGCAAAUCAAUUUAUAACAUUUUUGACAUGCGUUUUUCUGGAUAUUUUUGUUGUUAUUCUGUCUCUCACUGUUCAAAUAAACCUACCAUUAAAAUUAUAGACUGAUCAUUUCUUUGUCAGAGGGCCAAACGUACAAAAUCAGCAGGGGAUCAAAUACUUUUUUCCCUUAGUGUAUGACAUGCAAAAAACAAAUGCUGAGCCUUCAUCAUAAUAAUAAUAAUAAUAAUAUGCCAUUUAGCAGACGCUUUUAUCCAAAGCGACUUACAGUCAUGCGUGCAUACAUGUUUAGGUAUGGGUGGUCCCGGGAAUCGAACCCACUACCCUGGCAUUACAAGCGCCAAAUUCAUGCAUAAUCUACCAGAUAAUGAAAGACAACCACUGUAGUUUUGAGUUCCACAAAGUGGGUGUGGAAGAGGUGAAAUAAUUGUUGCUAUCUAUAAGGACAAACCACCCGGUACCGACAACCUGGAUGGUAAAUUGCUGAGGAUGGUAGCGGAAUACAUUGUGACUCCUGUCUGCCACAUCUUCAAUUUAAGCCUAGAAGACGGUGUGUGCCCUCAGACAUGGAGGGAGGCAAAGGUCAUUUCACUACCCAAGAAUAGCAGAGCACCCUUUAAUGGUUCAAACAGCCGACCAAUCAGCCUUUUAGAAGUGCUUAGCAAACUUUUGGAAAAAAUGGUUUGAUCAAAUACAAAGUUAUUUUACAGAAAACAAAUUAACAAUAAACUUUCAGCAUGCGUAUAGGGAAGGGUGCAUAAUUCUCAGCACUGACACAAACUACUGAUGAUUGGCUGAAAGAAAUUGAUAGUAAGAAGAUUGUGGGAGCUGUUUUGUUAGACUUCAGUGCAGCUUUUAAUGUAAUUGAUCAUAACCUAUUGCUGAAAAAAUGUAUGUGUCAUGGAUUUGCAUCCUCUGCCUUAUUAUGGAUUGAUUGAAAGUUACAAAUCUAAUAGAACACAGAGGGUUUUCGUUAAUGGAAGCGCCUCUCAUGCAAAUUCAGUUGAGUGUGGUGUAUUGCAGGGCAGCCGGCUAGGGGCAUUAUUGUUUUCUGUUUUUACAAAUCACCUUCCACUGACCUUGAAUAAAGCCUGUGUGUGUAUGUACGCUGUCGACUCAACAGUCAAAUAAAUAACAUAGAGCUCCAGUCACUUUUAGAAUGGGUAACUAGCAAUAGGCUGGUGCUAAAUAACUCAAAAACUAAAAGCAUUAUUUUUGGGACAAAUCACUCGCUCAAUGCUAAACCUCGUUUAGAUCUAUUAUUGAAUAAUGUGGUUGUUGAGCAAGUUGAGGAGACUAAACUGCUGGGUGUAACCCUAGAUAGCAUGCUUUCAUGGUUAAAACAUAUAGACUCAAUGGUUGUUAAAUGGGAAAAGGUCUGUCCAUGAUAGGGCGUUGCUCUGCCUUCUUGACAUCUCAGUCGACCAGACAGGUCCUACAGGCCCUAGUUUUGUCGCACCUGGACUACUGCCCAGCUGUGUGGUCAUGUGCGGCAAAGAAGGACAUAGGUAAAUUGCAGUUCGUCCAGAACAAAGCAGCACGUAUCGCACUUAGAUGUACACAGAGGGAAAGUGUCAGUAACAUGCAUAAGUCUCUCCUGGCUCAAAGUUGAGGAGAAAUUGACUGGAUCACUAUUGGUCUUUGUGCGAGGUAUUGAUGUGUUGAAGAUACCGAACUGUCUGUUCAAGCAGUUGGCACACAGUUCGAACACUCAUCGGUACAACAAAAAACAUGCAACCAGAGUUCUGUUCACAGUCCCCAGGUCCAGAACAGAGGCUGGGAAACGCAGUUGUAGCUCAGUUGGUAGAGCAUGGCGCUUGCAACGCCAGGGUUGUGGGUUCGAUUCCCACGGGGGGCCAGGGGGGCCAGUAUGAAAAUGUAUGCACUCACUAACUGUAAGUCGCUCUGGAUAAGAGCGUCUGCUAAAUGACUAAAAUGUAAAUGUAUUAAAUAGAGCCAUGACUACAUGGAACUCUGCCACCACAGGUAACUCAAGCUAGCAAUAAAACACAUUUUAAAAAAACAUAACAGAACACCUUACCCCACAAAGGGGCUGUGAAGAGACACAGCCAUUUUAUAUAUAUUGUAUUGUAAUUUGCACUGUAUUAUGUAUUAGACCUAGAUAUUGUGUGUAUGUACUAAUGUGUAGGCUAUGUGUGACAUUUUAAAUUGAUGUAUUUCAGUCCUUGACUAAUAAUGUUCUGUAUUAUGUCAUGUUUCAUGUGGACCCCAGGAAGAGUAGCUGAUGCUUUUGCAGCGGCUAAUAGGGAUCCUAAUAAAUACUAAAUAAAUACUAAACAGCAUGAUCAUUACACAGGUGCACCUUGUGCUGGGGAUAAUAAAAGGCCUCUCUAAAAUGUGCAGUUUGUCACACAACACAAUGCCACAGAUGUCUCAAGUUUUGAGGGAGCGUGCAAUUGGCAUGCUGACUGCAGGAAUGUGCACCAGAGCAUUGAAUGUUAAUUUCUCUACCAUAAGCCUCCUCCAACAUCGUUUUAGAGAAUUUGGCAGUACGUCCAACCGGCCUCACAACCAUAGACCACGUCAGUCCAGGACCUCCACAUCCGGCUUCUUCUUGGGAUAGUCUGAGACCAGCCACCUAGAGAGCUGAUGAAACUGAGGAGUAUUUCUGUCUGUAAUAAAGCACUUUUGUGGGGGGGAAACUCAUUGGCUGGGCCUGGACUCUCCAGUGGGUGGCUGCUCCCUUGCCCACUCAUGUGAAAUCCAUAUAUUAGGGCCUAAUUAAUUCAUUUCAAUUGACUGAUUCCCUUAUAUGAACUAUAACUCUGUAAAACCGUUAAUUGUUGCAUGUUAAGUUUAGAUUUUUGUUCAGUGUAUAUAUAGAAUGUCUAUGUCUAGAAAUGUAUGUAAAUCAUGGUGUUCCUGCUGUGAAUUGAAACCACAGGGGUUAUAAAGUAUUAUCUAGUAAUGGGUAUAAGAUCAAUCCAUAAGUAUGUCAAAGGUCUGAUGCCUGUGUGUGUUCCUCAGCUGUGGAAGCACCACCUAGCCCUGGAAGUGGAGUGGGUGAAGAAGCAGGGCCUGGGCCCUGUGCUGGACCAUCUACCCCAGGAGAAGGUGAUCAUGGCCCUCACGCUGACCCUGGUGAAGGGGGUGUGUGAGCACGCCCCCCUGCUGCUCCGUAACCUGUUCAACACAGCAGUUCAGUUCAUAAACCCUACCGUGGCCAGGUGACUUCAAAACAGACCCCAAACUCUACGGACUCUCCACUCUGGACGGAUGCUUGAUUACCAAUCAAUAGUGAGUGUGCCGUUUAGUUCAGGGGCACAUUCAUUUUCUUAACAAGCUACUCAGUAAAUAUAGAACAUUCAAAUUAUUUUUUUGAAAAGAUGUGAUUCUGAAAGUGUUUGCCACUGGAUUUGGAAACUUGAGUGCUUUAUUUUACCAGCUCUGAUACUGCAAAGGGAUAGAGAAGUGUCAUGCAUCGUCUGCUGUUUUCACUUCCACAUACAUUGUGCUUGAAGUUUAUUUUUUUUAAUACUUUUUUUUCCCAAAACAGUUUUGUAACAAUACAUGGCUUCCUCAAAAGGGAUAAAUCCACUUUUUGUUUUAAAGACCAUGUUAGUUUUGUUAAAUGCCUUUUGGUUUGUUGUAUGCAUAGAUAUCCUAUGAUGAUGAUGCAGGGAUAUACAUUUAAAUUAAAAUAAAUGUAAGAGUAAUACAAUUAUGU